ACCGCUUUGUUUGUUUCAGAUUGCUUGUGGGGCGUCACUUCCUCUAGAUUCUCACAGCAGCCAAGUAAGCAAAAAGACAAUGAAGCUGGUAGUAGAAGUGGUAGAUGCUCAUGGUCUUAUGCCCAAAGACGGCGAAGGAUCUGCAAGUCCAUUUGUAGAAGUCGAUUUUGUGAACAAGCUUAGCCGAACCAAAACCAUUCCGAAAAAUCUCAAUCCCAUCUGGAACCAGAAACUUUUCUUUGAUAUUGACCAAACCAGAAACUUCCAUCACCAAACCAUUGAAGUCUCUGUGUUCAACGAGAGGAGAUCGCCUAUUCCUGGCCGAAACUUCCUUGGAAGAGUGAGAAUUCCUUGCUCGAACAUUGUCCAGAAAAGUGAGGAAGCUUACCAAAGAUUCCCUCUUGAAAACAAGUGGUUUUUCUCAGCUGUCAAGGGCGAGAUUGGCCUAAAAGUCUAUAUUUCUCUAGAAUCUGAACCGAAAGCUCCUCCAUAUUCUCCACCACAACUACUAGAAGCCUCUCCUUCCAAGUCUCAACCCCAGCCACCUGAAAACCCAACUUCUAGUCCCUCUGCUCCUCCAAAUACAGAGAACACAAAAUCCAAUAGGAAAGUAUUGGCUGCUAUUCCGAAAGAAAAAGAGUUCAAACAAAAACAAGCUGAAGUAAGAUCAACUGAAACAUCCCACCACAUACACAAGCAUCAAGUUCUGCAGCAACCAGGCAUAUCGGUAGCAACACAACCUCAAGGUUUCCCACCAACCAUGCAGCCAGCUCACUCAGAAGCUCAUCAUAUUCAUAACCAGCAAGGCGACGAUGAAUUGAAGGACACCAGCCCGCAACUUGGCGAAAGGUGGCCAAAUGGUGGAGCCUACGGAGGAAGAGGAUGGAUGAGUGGUGGCGAAAGAUUUACAAGCACUUAUGACCUUGUUGAGCAGAUGUUUUAUCUGUAUGUUCGAGUUGUUAAAGCCAAAGACCUCCCUCCCAGCUCCAUUACUGGAAGCUGUGAUCCUUACGUGGAAGUAAAGUUGGGGAACUACAAGGGAAGAACAAAGCAUUUCGAGAGGAAAAUGAACCCAGAGUGGAACCAGGUGUUUGCUUUCUCAAAAGACCGAAUCCAGUCAUCGGUGGUGGAAGUUUUUAUCAAAGAUAAAGAGAUGAUUGGAAGAGAUGAUUAUCUUGGAAGGGUGGUUUUUGACUUGAAUGAGGUUCCGACCAGAGUUCCGCCUGACAGCCCGCUUGCUCCUCAGUGGUACAGGCUGGAGCACCGCCGCGGGGAAGGAAUGGUUAGAGGUGAGAUCAUGCUUGCAGUCUGGAUGGGAACACAGGCUGACGAAGCAUUUCCAGAUGCAUGGCAUUCGGAUGCUGCAGGCGUCUAUGGUGAGGGUGUGUUUAAUAUUCGAUCCAAGGUAUAUGUAUCACCAAAACUUUGGUACCUGAGGGUGAAUGUGAUUGCAGCUCAGGAUGUGCUGCCUAACGACAGAAGCCGCCUCCCAGAAGUCUUUGUCAAAGCUCAGGUUGGAAACCAAGUGCUCAGAACCAAGAUAUGCCCAAGUCGGACUGCGAAUCCACUGUGGAAUGAAGAUUUAGUCUUUGUUGCAGCUGAGCCUUUUGAGGAGCAGCUGGUUGUUACAGUUGAAGAUCGAGUCCACCCUUCGAAAGAUGAGGUGUUGGGGAAGAUAAGCAUGCCAAUUGAUGCGUUUGAGAAGCGGCUUGACCACAGGCCAGUUCUUUCGCGCUGGUUCAAUCUCGAGAAGUAUGGAUUUGGUGUGUUGGAGCCUGACAGGAGGAAGGAGCUCAAGUUUUCAAGCAGGAUACACCUGAGAGUUUGUCUUGAAGGCGGAUAUCACGUGCUAGAUGAGUCAACAAUGUACAUAAGCGAUCAGAGGCCAACGGCGAGGCAGCUAUGGAAGCAGCCUGUUGGGAUUUUGGAAGUUGGUAUUCUUAGUGCACAAGGCCUUCUUCCAAUGAAGAUGAAGGACGGCCGAGGGAGCACAGAUCCUUAUUGUGUGGCUAAGUACGGCCAGAAAUGGGUUCGCACCAGAACAAUUCUCGACACAUUGAGUCCUAAAUGGAAUGAGCAAUACACAUGGGAAGUGUAUGAUCCCUGCACAGUGAUCACACUGGGAGUUUUUGACAACUGCCACCUUGGUGGAGGUGAGAAGCAAACAUCAACUGCACGUAACGGAGCAAGAGAUUCGCGAAUUGGGAAGGUGCGUAUUCGAUUAUCAACACUUGAAGCUCAUCGGAUGUAUACGCGUUCGUAUCCUCUCCUAGUUCUGCAGCCUAAUGGAGUAAAGAAAAUGGGCGAGCUUCAACUAGCUGUUCGAUUUACCACCCUCUCUAUAGCUAACUUGAUAUAUGUUUACGGGCAACCCUUGUUGCCAAAAAUGCAUUACUUGCAUCCUUUCACAGUGAACCAAGUCGAUAAUCUACGAUACCAAGCAAUGAACAUCGUAGCGGUAAGACUUGGCAGAGCUGAACCGCCUCUGAGAAAAGAAGUGGUGGAGUACAUGCUAGAUGUUGAUUCCCACAUGUGGAGCAUGAGGAGAAGCAAGGCCAACUUCUUUCGAAUUAUGUCAUUGCUUUCUGGUAUAUUUUCCAUGAACCGGUGGUUUGCUGAUGUAUGCAACUGGAAGAACUCCGUGACCACUGUUCUUGUUCACAUUCUCUUUCUGAUACUGAUCUGGUAUCCAGAGUUGAUACUUCCAACUCUUUUUGUCUACAUGUUCCUCAUCGGAAUGUGGAACUACAGGUUCAGGCCUAGACAUCCUCCUCAUAUGGAUACCAAGCUUUCAUGGGCAGAGACAGUUCACCCAGACGAGCUCGAUGAAGAGUUUGACACAUUUCCGAGCUCUAGACCCCACGAUAUAGUUCGAAUGAGGUACGACCGGAUCAGAAGCGUAGCGGGAAGGAUACAGACAGUUGUCGGUGACAUAGCAACUCAAGGGGAGAGAUUUCAGUCGCUACUCAGCUGGAGAGACCCAAGAGCAACCAGCAUUUUCAUACUGUUCUGUCUUUGUGCAGCUGUGGUGCUUUACGUGACUCCGUUCAGGGUGGUUUCUUUGGUUGCAGGGUUGUAUUACUUGAGGCACCCCAGAUUCCGGAGCAAGCUGCCUUCUGCACCCUGCAAUUUCUUCAAGAGACUUCCCGCUCGGACCGACAGCUUACUAUGAAACUACUUUGUGACAAGCCCUAAUGUAAACUGUAACCAGCGUACUUUCAUUAAACCUUGAGCUUGAAUAAAUGCCCAGUUUUAUGCUGGUGCUGCUGUUUUCUGUGUUGGCUACUGGCCUACUACACUGUCCACUAUAUAACUAAACAAAUAUACAAAAGUGCUUUUACAGAUU